CUGCGCUGGCUGGGAGGAGAUUUUUUUUUCCCCCCCUUUCCCCGCACCUGCCCACCCUCCGCCUCUUCUACUAGGUCAUCACCUGAGAUGGAAGCGGAAGCCCCGCCCCUAGCAACCCAAAGACCAAUAAGAGCAGGAUCUGCGGUUGUCAAGGCAAACCGUGGCUGGCAAGAUGGCCUCGCCUAACAAGGAACCUGAUAAGUCCCGCUCGCCUUACCAGGGCUCGAUGCGAGGGAUGGUGCGGGACGGUUAUGGGCACUAUCUGUAUCAAAAUGCUUUCUUUCGAUAUGAAGGAGAAUGGAAAGAUGGGAAGAAACAUGGUCAUGGAAAAUUGUUGUUUAAGGAUGGAAGUUACUAUGAUGGCGAAUUUGUAGAUGGUGAGAUCUUCGGAAUGGGACAGCGAUACUGGUCAUCGACAGGAAACACCUAUACUGGGCAGUUUGUUUUAGGUGAACUUCAUGGUCACGGAGUAAUGAUAUACAAAGAGGGUGGAAAAUAUGAAGGGGAAUUUUACCAAGGAAUGAGAGAAGGGCCUGGAACUCUCACUGAUAAAAAUGGACAAGUUUACCAAGGCACAUUUCAUGAAAAUAAAAAGCAUGGUGUGGGACAGAUGACCUUCAACAAUGGCGACAAUUACGAAGGAGACUGGAUCCUGGACCAGCGACAGGGCCACGGGGUGAUGCACUAUGCAGAUGGAUCGAUUUACAAGGGACAGUGGCGAAACAAUGUAUUCAACGGCCAAGGCCUCAUGAUUCAUUGUUCUGGCAUCAUUUAUGAUGGCUUGUGGAUCAAUGGCUAUCCGGCAACUCAAGCUUCAAAGAUUGUGAUUUUGGGUCCAACAGUGAUUGAAAUGGUACAGGGAUCUUCAAUUACCUUGAAGGUUCAGCUCCAAACUGAUGAUGGAGAGGUUGUCAGAAGUGAGAGUGGCCGGGCUUUGAAGAUCUGGGCUGGAGUCCGCUAUGUGCAGCUGUCGGCUUUCUCGAAUUUCUGUUUUUUCAAGGUGACUGGAGAUGCUGAAGUGAAACCGAUCCAAACUCCCUUUGGAUUUGAUUGCAUUGCCUACCCUUUGACGCUUCCGGCACCUGGAGACCCAGAGAUGGGAGCUUCCAAAUCCGAACAUCCUGAAGAUGACUCAUGUUUCCAAAAGGAAGAUUUGGAACCAGAAUCCCUAUUGGAAUCCCUAUUGUACCGUGCAAAAGAUGACCCUGACGACCAGGAUGAAGAAUCUCAGCUGACCUCAAGCCCAGGAAACCAGACUUUUUCUUCUCCACAUUAUCAACAAGUCAAUCACGGCUACGCUGAAUUUCAUAAUGUCUCUCUUGCAGCUCCUCCCCCAGAAUACCAUCCCAUCAUGUUCCUGGAUAACAUUCCCAACGAGGAGGAAGACCAGCAGUCGCAAGAGGCCGAAUCUUCUGACAACACGGAGGACCUGGAGGAACCUCCCGAGAGCAGGGAUAACUCGCCGCCCCAAGAGAAAGAGCCCUACCUAAGCCAGCCCCCGUCACCUUCAGAUGGCAGCUCCUUGAUGGCAUAUGCAGGAGAAUACGUCAUCAUGGUGCAGGAAAUCACCACGCCGCCCUUCCUGGGCAAGACGCUCCCCACCGCCUUCGUGCACCUCAAAGUGGUGCCAAAGGAGCAGCAGCCUCCUCCCGAAGACCCCUAGGGCGGCCCCGGCCCCGUUCCGCUCGGACCCGCCAGGCCACAGGAGACGAAGCUCACCCUUCUCCAUCGAGUCCCUUGUGCUGGGUCAGCUCUUCCCACCAAGACCAGGAGAUCCUCUGGGGCCCAUUAUGGCCCUGCUGCCCUCUUGCUGCCCCAGAGGGCACGGCUCCCCUUCCUCCCCACCCUGAGUGCCGUUUGUAUUGAAAGGAAAUGCUGUAUUUGCAACCAGUGGCCUGGCAGAUCUCUGAUAAAUCUGAGAAUCCCCAGUACCCUCAGCUCUGCUGUUUGGGGAGCACAGAAGGUGAAGUGCACACGUUUGUGACCUUACUCCCCAGACCAGCUCCCGGGGCCUCGCUCAGUGGCCGCAGACCCCCCUCCAACAAAGGGCCGCCUCCGUGGUGGGAACAACUUCAGGCUGGCUCUGACCGGUCUGAGCCACGUAGCUCCCCACAGAUCUGGGCCCCGGGGGCCGGGGGUCCCAACAGAAGGGUGAAAGCACAGGACGGAGUCCUUUAGAAGCAGGAAAUCCACAAAGUCUGGGGGAAGUCGUGUGUACCGACAAAUUCCUAUUUCCCGGGCAGUUUGCUGUGCAAACAAAAACCCAGGGGCCAGGUACAUGGUACGUGCCAUACUGGACAAGAGAUUGUUCCCUUCCCUUGUCCUUUCCACGGUCUCAUUUCUACACCCCCUUGUGCUGGGACACUGGCCGGUAUCUGCUCCUGAGAACUCCCUUCUGGGCUAGGAAAGCCGGGGAAUAUGUGCCCCCCAGUGGGUCCCCCACAAUCCCAUGCUAAGCAGCCCCAGGACUUACAAAUCAUUAUAAUAAGUUUUAAUAAUGCCCUUGUUUAUUACAUCACCACCAUUUCUCUAUAAUCUCUGUAUUUCUAUUAACUCCACCCACCCACCCCCAAACCAGGAACGAACCCUCUCUGUGAACAAACACCAUGACUCCCAAAUCACCAAUUUCUGAUAAAGUACCCAGCAUUCUGUACCCAAAAAUAACAUCUUUUUUUUCUGGAACCAAGAAACGUCAUUUGGGUCAUGCUGCUCUUUUCUUCUCAGUUUCCCUAAUCUGUCAUUUCUUCUGAUACAGUACUAUUCCCUGAAGUCCAUAUGCCAGUUUGUUCCUCCGCUCGCUUUGUUUCCAGUCUGUUCACUGAGUUUUUGCUACCCCUACAAAACUCUGGCAUGUACGGGCCGCCUCUGGCCCUCUCUGGAGUUGUGGGAUCGCCGGGUCAGAGUAGGAAGUUCUGGGGAGCCCCCUGGGCUCUCAGGUAGCUCGGCCACCCGAUGGGCCCUGGCACGCGGAGCCGAGCUCCAGGUGGCUUCGCCAGGCAAUGCCACGGGCACCGGAGGCACCGGGGCCGCUAAUCGGCCUGUAUCCUCACUAAUGGAGCAUCCCCUCACAAUAUCCAAGCCCAGAGCAAGAAAGCAUUUCCCGCCCAUAAUGUGGUCCCUGUGAGGCGAGGAAACGCACCAAAUUCACAUUGGUCGCUGCUGAGGAAAGUCAUAACCCAUCACUAACGGUGGAGGGGAAUCCAGAGGCAAUAAAGACAUAAUUGGUUUUUCCGGAAA